AAGUAUAUUUGGGCUGAUAAUGUGAUGCCAACAUUCUACGUGAUGAAUCCACCUGACCUGAGAGAUGCAAGUGCGCGAGCACGUCUCAAUGAACUUAUCUACAGACUUGAGCAUACCGAAUAUAGCAUCGGUAGAGUGUCGACGAAUUUUUGGCUCUGGGAAUAUCAACGAUUUCUGAACGAUUUCCCGAAUAUCACCUAUACAACUGGAUUCUAUGAUCAAAAAAACUUAUACGAUUUUUUCUCGCAGUUCGACUACCAGCAAUACCGACCACAUGUGAAAAUGAGCGCAAAUUCGAGCAACGGUGAGCCGUGCAUUCAAGCAUUCACCUUUCAAACAAGUUUUUAUGGUCUUGAUUCAUGGGAUAAACGUCAAGUUUGUUUUUGA